AUGGGCACAGGGCGUACUAACAGCAUCGAAGAAGAGGAUAUCAAAGAUGAUAUUGGCGACAUCAAUAAUAGCAUUCCCGAUGAUUUCACCAGUGCCUUUGUUACGCCACGAAAGGUGCAUAAUUCCACAUUAAGCGAAGAUGAUAUGCUCUAUGAGUCGAAUCGCAAUAAUAUUAGUGAACCGAAAGAUUUAUAUUCCGCCUUCGAUGAAACUGGCACAUUUCGUAGUAAAUCUAGUCAAAUAUGGGAUCCACAUCCCCAAUAUAUAAUGACCGCUUUUGGGCAUGAAUUGCAUUUGGUUUUACAUCAGGAUUCAUCAUUCAUACCAAAGCAAACAUUUAGUGUAAUUCGUAUACUUAAUAAUAGAACCGAAGCCCCACGGACGCGCUUUCAGCCGCCGACUCAGAUAUGGGUUUUGCCACAAUGCUGGGCACAGGGCGUACUAACAUUGGUGUAUCGCCCAACAGCAAUAACGGAUUGGUGGUGAUGGAUGAAGCUGCUAGAGAGUGAUGCGGGGAUAUUGCUUCCAGAGUGUGAGUGAAAAUAGUUUUGACGCUCCGUUGUUACGCAGUCGCGAUUGUCGACUACCUCUUCUGAAGUGAUGCGCAGCAGAGUGAUACCGAGCACGAACUUUUCCGAUCGGAUUAAUUCUAAACAGUGAAUUACAUAGUUAGGAUGAUCGUCGGGGAACUCCCGUUUUCCUAUGAGCGCAAUUAAUUGUGCGAAUGUAUCACGUUGUCGGCGAGGCACAUUUGCCACUGAUAAACUUGCAUAUGUAUUCCAUAAUGUUUCACGCAGUAAAGUUCUCUCGCUAGCAGUCAAAUGUGACCACCGACGUGAAAUCCAAUGCUCUAGAGUUAAUGUACUGAAAAACCAGAGAUAUUGGUUUGUUUCAAUAGAAGCAGCCACCUGUAGACUGAUUUGCCAAGCGCUUGGUUGUCCUCUGAAGGCAAUAAGUUCUGUUUCAAUUUCACGUUUUCGUAUAUUAGGCGUGGCUGGUUGGUGGAAUUCUUGCAAAAGUGCCUCUACCAUGGACAACGAGGAAGACAUUUUUUGCUAUGUCGCGGAGGCAAUCACAAUCUAUAGAUGCUAUCUGCUAUCAGAUUUUAGGGAUCUAAAUAUAUUUUCGAUGCAUAUAUAAAACAGUCUUUUAAUUGAAAUUGUCCAUAACACUUGCCGUUGUUAUUAUUCUAUAAAAACACUUAUCGCUUUCAGAAAAACAUUGAAACAACGAAAUUGUCGAAAUCAUGAAAAACGAAUGCUGCGCAGAGGCCGUUCCCAAUUCUUGGUAUUUUCU